GCAAGUCUAGUGACGUCGCUUGUGCUAACCGUUGUACUAAAUUGUGCUAUCGUUGGAUGCCAAAUUCAAGAUAUUCAGAUGGCAAUUGUUGCAAGUUUGAUCAUAUGGCUAGCCUCGAGUGCCCUUUUGUUCAUGCGAUACAUCUCCUACG